CUAACAGCACCGCCUGCUUGCACCUUACAUUUGCCAUUUGGCACGUACCCUCAAUCCAAUCGCAAUUAAAAUAGCUUCAAAUCGGCCGAAACCAGCUCCUCAAGAUGCCCAUCUACGAGAGUGUUAUGCAGGAUAAGCCCCCAAUCAUCUUGGACAUUGGAAAUGCCUACACAAAGCUGGGCUUUGCUGGGGAGGCGUAUCCACGGAAAAUCAUGCCCACGGAGGUUGUACUGACAACGACUGGGAAAACGAAGCGGCUAUUUGACUAUGAACGGAAGGAGGAACUCUACGACCAAAUUGUAGACUUUUUGCAGACGAUAUUCUUCAAGCACCUGUUGGUCAGUCCCAAGGAGCGAAAGUUCGUGGUGGUGGAGAACAUCUUCGGCCAGACGGUGGUCAGGGAGACGUUGGCGCGGGCACUCUUUGUCCAUUUCGAUGUCUCAUCGGUUCUGUUUGUGCCGGCUCAUCUUAUAGCGCUGUCGACGCUGGCUGUGGCCACUGCCGUGGUCGUGGACAUUGGGUAUAGCGAGACUAGCAUCAUGCCAGUCUUCAGUGGAGUUCAAAUCAUGUCCGCCUUCAAGGACCAAAGCUAUGGAGGCAGUGCCAUUCAUGCCGAAAUAAAACGGCAGCUGUUGGAGACGGGCGUCAAGGAAUCUCUGCUCACAGAGAGCGUCCUGGAGGACAUCAAAGUACGUACGUGCUUUGUGACCACCAUGGAGCGGGCCCAUAGUCGUUCCAACGGAGACGAAAAUCAGCCGACGCCGCCGCCCAGCGUUGACUACAUCAUCUGUGAUAUUGAUACGACGGUCCAGGUGCCCGGCGCCCUUCGCGAGACCGUCUACGAGAUAAUGUUCGAGCCGAACAACGAGCGCGACAGCCUGCCGCAUCUCAUACUGCGCUCCAUUCUCGACUGCACCCUGGACGCUAGGAAGCCCUUGGUCGAAAGCAUAUUCCUCAUCGGCGGCGGCUCCAUGGUCCAGGGCAUGCUGCCACGCCUCCAGCAGGAGCUGCAGCACCUCCUCAAAAACGAUCCCUACUACGCCGAGCGCUUUCACGGUAAUCUGCAGUUCAAGUUUUUCAAUUCCAUUGGCAAGCAGAACUUCACCGCCUGGCUGGGUGGCGCCCUGUGUGGCGCCACAGAUCUCAUCCAAACACGAUCCCUGGCCAAGGAGACGUACCUGAAGAACGAGCAUGUCCCCGACUGGAGCAAUCUCUGUGAUAAUAGGCAUGCGGGCUCAUAAAGAGGGAGGCGCUUGGCGAAAAAUAUAAAUUAUUUAAAUAAAUUCAUUUUGAUUUUA